CCUCACUCUCUUGGAACCCUUACAUUCCUUCAACAAUUGAAUCUCCUAGAAAACAAUCUAAAAUUUGGAUCAUCGUCAUCUUCUGAAGUGAGCUUUAUCACUUCAUUGACAAAUUGCAGAUCGUUGCAGUUUUUCGGAAUUAAUGGUAAUCCUCUUGAUGUCACUCUUCCAUCUUCCAUUGGGAACUUAUCCUCCCAACUCCAAACAUUUUAUGCAUCCGACUGUAGACUAAAGGGAAGAAUUCCUGCUGAAAUAGGCAAUUUGACCAACUUGAUUGAACUCGAUUUACACGACAAUGCUCUGUUUGGUAAUAUUCCAUUAACUGUGAAGCAUUUGAUUAACCUGCAGGGAUUAGAUCUAGCAAACAACAACAUCACAGGUUUCAUACCAGAUGGUAUGUGUGAUUUACAGAGCUUAUCUGAAUUGAGUUUGAGUGGAAAUCAAAUGUCGGGUGCAAUUCCAAAAUGUUUAGGAAAUGUCACAUCCUUAAGCCAUCUUUUUCUAAACUCAAACAUGUUCACUUCAACCAUACCAUCAAGCUUGUGGAGCCUAAAUGACUUGCUGACGCUACACUUAUCUGCUAACUCAUUGACCGGAUUUUUACCUCCAGAGGUUGGUAAUUUAGCUGCAGCAAUUUACAUAGAUAUUUCAAUGAAUCAAUUGUCGGAGUGUAUCCCAACCACCAUUGGUAGUUUACAAAAUUUGGUCACACUUUAUUUGGCUCAUAAUAGACUUGAAGGUUCAAUCCCAGUGUCCCUUGGAAGCAUUACCGGUUUGGAAACUUUAGACUUGUCCUACAAUAACCUCUCUGGUUCGGUGCCAGAAUCUUUGGAAGCUCUUCAACACCUCGACAACUUCAAUGUCUCUUUCAAUGGUCUAAGUGGAGAAAUUCCUAGUGGUGGUCCUUUCAUGAACUUCACAAUGGAGUCCUUUAAGGGUAAUAAAGCACUAUGUGGAAUUCCAAAAUUCGAUGUCCCACAUUGUCAAGUUCUUAACAAUCACAGAUCAAAGAGGAAAAAGGUAGAAUUUAUUUUAUUUAUUCUUGCUGGGGUUUCGGUUUUCACCGCAAUUAUGUGUUUGGGCUUUAUAUUCCUCAAAAACAAAAGGAAAGAUAAAGCAACUAAUGCAAUUUUGUCGGUUGCACCAGAAAGAAUUUCAUAUUAUGAAAUCUCACGAGCAACUCAACAGUUCAAUGAGAGCAAUUUACUAGGCAUUGGAAGUUUUGGAUCCGUUUAUAGAGGAAUUCUUGAAAAUGGAAAUGAUAUCGCUGUAAAGGUGUUUAAAUUGCAAUCGGAAGCGGCUUUCAAGAGCUUUGAUGUUGAAUGUGAAGUUUUACGCAAUAUUCGUCAUAGAAAUCUGACGAAGGUUAUAACUAGUUGCUCCAAUGAAGAAUUCAAGGCUUUGGUACUUGAAUACAUGCCAAAGGGAAACCUUGAGAAAUGGUUGUAUACACACAACUAUUGUUUGGGUUUCAUACAAAGGGUGAACAUAAUGAUUGACGUGGGCUCGGCAUUGGAAUAUCUUCACCAUGGCUAUUCUACUCCAAUUGUUCAUUGUGACUUGAAGCCUAGUAAUGUGUUGUUUGAUGAAGAAAUGGUUGCUCAUGUGAGUGAUUUUGGUAUAUCAAAACUAUUGGGCGACGGGGAGAGUGUUGUCAUAACAAACACUCUAGCAACUCUAGGUUAUAUUGCUCCAGAGUAUGGUUUAGAAGGGCUUGUCUCCACAGGGUGUGAUGUUUAUAGUUAUGGCGUGUUGUUGAUGGAAACAUUUUCGAGAAAAAAACCAAAUGACGAUAUGUUUGUUGGAGAUCUAAGCUUGAAGGUUUGGAUUGAAAGCGCAAUUCCACAAUCAACAUGUCAAGUUAUAGAUGCUAACUUACUAUUGAAUGUUGAUGAAGAACAUGGCUACAAAAUUGUCAAAUUCACAUCAUCCAUAUUGGAUUUGGCUGUAAAGUGUUGUGCAGAUUCCCCUAAUGAUAGGAUUAACAUGAAGGAUGUUGUAGGGGAGAUGCAGAAAAUUGAACGUCAAUUUGGAGUUGAAGCCUGAAUUAGUAUUUUGUUCAAUCAUGGUGUGUAA